ACUGGGGUCGUCGCUGCCUGGUGAACCAUGAAGAUACUACUUAUCGUCUUAUGCUUGAUUACUGCAACAGUAAGACCAACCACAGACAGUCACAUCAGCAGGGUAAAUACACCUCUCACUCGGGAGUUUGUUCUUCGCACCAUAUUUCAUAGGAAUCGAGGACUGGGCUUCAAUAGGACAAAUACUGAACAAGACCUGGUAGCGAAGUCUCAUCAUAACAACACUGACUCACAACCGUGUCCAAGUGGGUUGGUUCUCCAUGUGGAUGGCAAAUGUACAGCCCCCGUAGUUACCUACAACUACUACCAAUAUGUCAUCCCGAGCGAACCUCGGCCUAUUAAGGAAACUCGCCCUAUAAUACUCUUCGAGCCACCAAAGGAAAUAUAUAACAUAAUGAUCAUUCAUCUCCCAGAAGAUGACGAGGAAAGUGAACCUGUCGUCAUUCUUCCACCACAACAGAAGAGUGUCAUUUACAUCCUGAGGAAAGAGUCAAAUCGACAAGGCCAACAUGCAAUACAAGUUCCUGAGUCAAGGAAAACAAAACCAAAAUUGUUCUUGAUUACCUACAGACCAGAAACAAGCGACUAGACACACCUCUGUGGUAUCUACAACUCUUAAUCACAUUAGAAUGCAAUGUCACAAUAAAAGCAGUCUGAAAACAUGGACAUCUCUGGACGAGAGUGAGUGUGUACAGAUCCUGAAUGGGGAAGAGCUUUUGCUUUUGCAAUCAACCAAAGAAAACUAAAUAUCACACAAAUCAGCAGCAAAAAAUGUCGAACAAUACCACAUUCUGCUUGGCUCAACUACCCCAGGAUCACAUCUGUCCAGCAGGAUUUCAUUUAAUCCCAGAAUACUUCAUUUCCUCAACAACCUGGAUAACCAGGAAAGAGCAGUAAGCAAGCAAGGAAUACCGUGCAUUAGCUUUAUUGCGAUUUCCACCAAAUUGGAACACUGCUGCUUGUAUUGGGAUAUUGGGAUAAGUGCAAAAGUAUCUUGUCAAAAAGACAUCUUGAGAAAAUGUAUGCAUAGACCAGCAACCAGAGCUCAGACAGUGACUUGUAAGACAAAACAAGAUUUUUUUUUUAGACAUCUUCACUUCCAAGGAGGUCAAAAAGAAUUGCUGGGUUAUUUGUUGCUGUACUGUUCAUGUUGCUGGGCAAGAGAGGUACCUAUGUUAAUACAGGCAGUCCCCGGGUUUACGACGUUCCGAGGUUACGAUGCUUUUCAAUUAUAUUCAUCAGAAAUUAUUUCCAGGGUUACGACGCAUGUUCCAGGGUUACGACGCAUGCUCCAGAGUUACGACGCCUACAAACACUGAUCUGGCAGAUGAAAUAUGACACCAAAAAUGCAAAAUAAUCGAUUUAUAGUUUUUUUGAUGAAAAAUGCAAUAAGAAUACAGUUUACAUAGUUUUGAAUGCACCCAAAGCAUUUAAAAGUAAGGUUUUCUUAGGAUUUUUGACAAUGUUCCGGCUUAUGACGCGUCUCAAAAACGGAACCCCCGUCGUAACCCAGGGACUGCCUGUAUCUUCACUUCCAAGAAUGUCAAGAAAUACUCCUAAGUUCCUGUUGCUGUAAUGCUGAUGUUGCUGGCCAAGAGAUGCACUUUGUUAACAUCUCCACUUCCAUGACUGUCAAGAAGUAUAGCUGGGUUAUGUUGCUGGCCAAGAGAAGUACCUAUGUUUAUUCCGAGUUGAAAUUCUUGCUGCUCCAACUGGGUAAGAAGAGUGCCAUCAUCAUCAUCUGCUGCUGCUGCUGCUAUUACUACUGACAGCCUUGUGGCCUGCCAAUACCCUUACCAAAAUAACACUCGAUACUCCACCAGAAUAGACUGUCACCUGUGACAGAACUGUUAUCAGUCUACAGAAAUAGAUGCUCGUCACCUACAGACAUUGCUGCUGGAUGGUACAGAAACAGAUACCCAUAUCUCUCUCCAACUGUUAUCAACAGAACUGUGCAGAACUGGCUCAAUACUCCUGCUGACAGACAGGCUCAAAUGCUUUCCUCCUGACAGUUACAUUACUGAUAUUCAACACCUCCAGCUCUUGCUGCUACAGUAAUAUAUGCUAAUCCUCAGCCAUUGCUCAGAUCCUACUGGUGCAUUAACAAUCACUUCUUCCUGCUGAUGUUGACAGUUGCACAAUUUAAUGCUCGUAAGCAUGAACAGUUGACCAAAAUCUACUGGCAUUCCAUACUCCUUCAGGUCAUCAUCACCUACUGCCGAGAAUCGUGUGCACAAGUUAGCACCUUAUGCUCCUGCUAACAAAAGUACUAAAUUCUCUCCAUCAACAGACAUUGUUGAAGGCAGCAUAACAUGGAAGGUACCUCAGCAGGAUGGUUGUCACCUCUAGAAGCAGACCAACAAAUCAUCUGUUGUUAACACCAGAAACAAGUCCCAAAGUUGCAGAUACCUAAGCAUCUGACACUGCUGCUGGUUUUUUAAGUUUAACUAUCCUCAACUACUGCUCCUGAAAGUCACAAAAAAAAUAGAGACGUUAGUGAAUACUGCCCAAAAGCAAAAACUACAACAGCUCUGUUCAUCAUCAACUGCUGCUGCUGCUCUGAUGGAUGUCACCAGCUAUUUGAUCCUGAUUGUUACAAGAUUAAAUGCCCCAUUCAAACUAAUGGCCUGAAGUCCAAAAACACUCCUACCACACUGCUGUGAUUCAAGAAUCAAUCAAUCAUUCAGCUUGCUUGACAUCAGAAACAAAGGCUCUUUUUCAUCUGCUAUUAGAAACACUUCAUCGGCUGUUUGAAGCAUCCUCUGCCAACAGCAGCUCUUCACAUUUGGUUUCUCUCUGCUUCUCAUCAGCAACAGCCUCCUUUGGCAAAAGCUUCUCUUACAAUUGCUACUCUGGACUUCUUUACUUCUCAGUUGCUAUUGCUGCAGAACCCACAUUUAAGGUUGCUCUUGCUGUCAGAUGAAGCUUCAAUCACUUGUAACAAUUCUCAUUUCUUGUGCUGUUACAGCCACCACUUUUCUGUCCAGUGCUCUUGCAAACUGUUGCAACAGCCACUUGCUGACAUAGGCAGCUCCCUUGAUUUUCGAAUUUUCUUCCUUUGAUUUUCGAAUUUUCUUGAAGCGAUGUCCUCUUUUCACUUCAAGUUCCUGCUUAUGGUUGGUCUUCACACUAGCUGCUGCUUACUAUCCAAAGUUACUGCUGAUAAGUUUUUUUGCAAGUGAGCCAUUUCACUGUUAAUUCAUUAAUCAUAAACACUACCUGUUUUUAGAAUGAUCUGGUUUCUCAGCAAAAUGGCUAAUGUAAAAAAAUAAGGUUUCUCUGUGUAUGAACAUUUUUACCUCAAGUCCCAUUCAUCAUUUCAGUGUAAAACUUGAUAAGCAUCUAUGUUUCACUCUACCUAGUUACUACAACUUUUAUGCAAAAUAAUUUCUAAUAAAUUCUUAUUCUUCUUUUCAGGGUAAAUUCUGUAGUGCUUAAAAUACAAAAAGAUUAAAAUAUUGAGCUCUUCAUACAAAAUGUACUACAAUACAGUAUGCUGUAACUGCUGCUAAACUUCAUUUUAUAA